AUGUCGCGACGCUACCCAACCGCUGAGCUGUACGAGGAGCGUGAGCGCGAUUUCUACCGCAAUGGAAACCGCAGCGAGCGCAACUAUGAGGAGCUCGACCUCGAGCUGCGGCGUGGCGCAGGCCCUGACCCCCGUCGCAGCGCCCCCGACUUCUUCCGCGAGGACUACAACCGCCCGACUGCCGGGCCCAUGGUGCUGAGAGGCCGUGACGAGGACAACUUCUCCCGAGCAGGACCCCGCAGCAGCCGUGGUGGUUUCGACGAUGAUGUGCGCUCAACUCGAAGCCGUCCCCCGCCUCCGCCGUCUGCUAUGCGGGGCAUGGAGCGUGACGACAUCAGCAUCCGCCAUAGCGAGGCUCCAACACGCCGCGGCCGGGACGAAAUCGACGAGACAGACAUUACAAUCAAGCGCCGCGAGCAGUCUCGAGGCCCGCCCGAGCGCGACGACAUUGUCUUCCGCCGUGGUGAUGGUCCCCCAGUCAGGUCCGUCAGCCGACCUGCCCCGCGUCAGGUGGAUGACGACGACGUGCGCUUCCGGGGCCGCGGUGGAAACGACAUCGACUUCCACGCUUCUCGCAGCGAAGUCAGCCGCCACGGCAGGGACGUCUCUGCUGAGCGAGGCUCCAUCCGCUUCCAGGAGCGUGACGGCAACUUUGAGAUUCGCGCCAACCGCCGAGAGUUCAGCCGCGAUGGCAGGGACACAAGCAGAGAGAGGAGCUCCUUGACUAUUAGAGGUCGCGAGAGGAGUCUUCCUCCCCCAGCACGCAACCGCGGCGACCUGGUCGCUAGGGAGCGCGAGGAGUUUGUCAUCCGUCGCCCACGCGCCGAGUCUCCACCUGCGAACAACCGAGAAGUCAUAAGAGACGAAAUCAUCAUCAGACGCAAGGAGGAGCGAGCACCCACUCCCUCUCCCUCCCCAUCCCCGCCUCCCCCACCACCACCGCCAGCCCCUGAGCCAGAGAUCCGCCCUCCCAUCAUCCAGGAGAUCAUCACACAUCACAGACACAUUGACCAUGGUGUCGUCAGGGCGCGUUCGCCAACACCCCCUCCCCCACCUGCGCCACCGUCUCCUCCCCCUCCAAUCAACGAGACCCUCGAGAUCGAGAUCAACCGACGAGAGAGCCACAGCCGUGGACGUGGCAGGAGCAACUUCGAGGAGCUCGAUAUUGAUAUCAACUUCAACCGCGACCAGGUACGUCACCGCGAGCGGUCGUUUAGUCCCCCAAGGCGUGUGCACACAGCCCCUAUGCCCGAUUCGGACUUUGAUUUGGAAGCCGAUUUCUACAAUCGCAAAGCACUUGAGCGCGCCUACCCGGGUGAAGCUUGGAAUGGAGUAACCAAAGACUGGUCCAUCAUCGACGUGCCGCCCGGCACCAGUCGCGUGCGCAUGGAUGGCAUCGGUGGUGCUGCCCAAGAGAUCACCUGGCAGCGCUACAAUGGCGUUCGCAGAUCAAAGUUCAUCAGCGGUGACGACGAACAUACCACUGACAUUUACAACCAGGGAUCGGUGAAACAAAAGAAGAAGGACAUGUGGACCGAGAUCACAAAGGACCUGGUGAUCCGUGAAGCCAUCGACUCAAUGGGCUAUUCGUGCGAGGAGACCGACGACUUCUUCUACGUCAUGGAAUACCUGCGAUACGAGGAUGUGUUGCAUCUCGUCGAGAUUUCUGAUGAGAUCCGUCGCAAGCGCAAGAGUCGCAUCCGGGAGAUUGAGAUUGAGCGCAAAUCAAUUCACGAUUCUCGCCCAGCGUCAGCCUACGACGACCGCUUCUACGAACACGAGGUAUCGUUCGACAGCCGUCGCAGCCGAUACCGUUAG